AUGCGCGUCAGGACGUGUAUCAACUCAGCUCAGCUUCUCACUGGUAACUCUCUAGCAUGGUUCGGCGUGUAUGAAGCGCUUGAUAAACCUACGUCAGAACGCAUCAAAUAUACCGAAAAGGAUAAGGAGGAGGCCAUACAGAGAUGGGGACAUCUGUACACCGCUCCCGGCAUGAGAGUGCGCGACGUUUUCGGCCUACAGGAUGGAAACUUUGGUAUGAUCAACCUGGAGGAGGGUCGUGUAGACAAAUGGUAUUGGAAUCGUAUCGUCCUCGCAAGUGAUGCUAUUCGGAAACUAGAGCCUCACGCCGGAUUAGGAUAUAAUAGCGGUUUGGCCGAUGUAGUUGUCCUCGUGAAUAAGCUCCGACGCUUACUCGAGACUACUCGGUCACCGGAUACGAAAGCCUUAGAAGCGGUAUUCGCCGACUACCAGGAGGAGCGGAAAAAGGAUGAGCCAAUAGUUCAUGACAUGUCCAUGCGUCGUGCUCGAGCUUACGCGUGGCUCAGCCCAAUGGAUAAGAUCAUGACUAAAUACAUCAUCCCUUACACUAGCUUCGGAGUAUACAGCACAAACCGCAUAUAUGGGCCAGUCGUCUCCCGUGCCCCUGUCCUGGAUUGGCUGGAAGAGAAGUCUGAUACCAAAAACUUGAAAAUACCUUACGCCCACCAUCCUAUUGUCAAGGGGAAGAAGUCAAAGAAUGCGUUAUCAAGGAACCAUAGCUACUACAAUCCAUCAGCCUAUAUCGGAGUGGUCAUUGCGGCUGCUCUUACUGGAGUGGGACUCCAGUAUUACCAUAGGAUCUUGACAAUGAUAAGUCCCAAGGCGACCUAG